AUGCAAUCACGUACAGUGGCCAGCAUUAAGUACAUCGAUGCGUCUCAGCUGUUUAAUAUGAUGAAGCGUGGUAGUUCUACGCCAUUCCAAGUGAUUGAUGUGAGAGGUUCUGACUAUAUAGGUGGUCACAUAAGGGGCGGAUGGAAUUAUCCCUACAAGAAGUUCAGCGACUCUAUACCUGAGCUAUUGGAUCGAUUGCAGGAGAAGAGAAGCUCAAACUCCAAUGACACAACUAUCAAUGUUGUGUUCCACUGUGCACAAUCACAGCAGAGGGGCCCAUCCGCAGCUAUGAAGUUUCUCAGAGAGAUCCCUGAACCAGAUUUAGACAAGUUCGAAAUAAGUGUGCUUCGUGGUGGCUUUAUCAACUGGCAGGACCUCUAUGGCAGCGAUUCCACCGUUACUGAGGACUACCAUCCUGACCUAUGGUCAUGGUGA